AUGGUUCUUGCUUGUACACUACAUGAUUUACGGAUUAUUGUGUAUCUAGAAGCCAUCGCAGCACUCACAACUGGUACUACCGUUAUUAAAAAUGAAUAUGGCACAACUUUUCAACAACUUGCUCAGGCUGGAGUUCUUGUGGUCCUACCCAAACUGGCUCAGCUGGGAGUUCCAACUAAGCGGCCAGAUGACUACUUUGCUGAGAUGAUUCGUAAGCGUCUUAUUGUCACGGAGAAACGCCUAGAGCUUCGUGACCGAGCCCGUCAGUUACGCGAAGGACGCAAAUUUGGCAAACAAAUGCAGCUACAAGUGGUUCAAGCCCGUCGAGAUGAGCGUAAACGCCUUAACGAAGCUGUCAAGUCCGCCCGAGCUCAUGGAAAGGGUAUGUCAUUGGGCUGGUAA